AUGAAUAGGGAACAAAUUAGGUUAGCCAUUCAAGAGGCUAUUUUUGAUGCAUAUCGACCGACAGGUGUGUCAUCGUCACAGUUUGUGCCACCACCGGCUCCACCACCACCACCACCUCCGAAGACAAAUGAGCUAGAUGAUACUCUUUCUCACAUUGCCAGGUUCGUGAAGUUGAUGCCAACCUUGUUUGAGGGUGGUCCAGAUCCGCUUGUUGCGGACAGUUUCCUGGAUAGGGUGGAGAAGCAUAUUAAUGCCAUGAAUUUGGCAACGGACAAGUUGAAGAUCACAUUGGCGACUUACAAUUUUGUGGGCGAUGCUGAGAUUUGGUGGAAGACCAUUUCUCACACCCAUAAUCUGGAUACUAUGACAUAUGCUACAUUCAAGAAGUUGUAUUACGAGAAGUACUUUCCAGCGCCUAAGCGGAGGGAACUAAAGAAGGAGUUUGAUGGGUUAAAGCAAGGAAGUAUGACAGUUACAGAGUAUGAAAACAAGUUUACAUCACUUUUGAGGUUUGCACCGGGAAUUGCUAAUGAUGAAGAAGGAAAGAUAGAGAAAUUUGUUGAUGGCCUUGAUCUUACCAUUAGGCCAAUUGUAGCUGCUUCAGAACCGACAGAGUAUACAAAAGCAGUGCGAAAGGCUUUAGUGGUUGAGGCUGAGAGUAAGGACAACAAGGCUAUCAGGGAGUCCUACAAGCACAACAGGGGUAUGAGUACUUUCUCCGAAGGUCAAUCAAGUAAGAAGCAGAAGCAUGAGCAGUCAAGGUUCAGGGGACAGCAGCCAGUUAGAUCUGCACCCACAGCUUCAGUGUCCAUGGGGUCUUCUAGACCGAAUGUUACUUGUUUCAGAUGUGGGCAGUUGGGACAUUACAAGUCCCAAUGCACUCAGACACAGGUAACUCGGAUGAUUUAUUUCAAGUGUGGGCAGCCAGGGCAUCACAAGUCCCAGUGUACUCAGAUUCAGGUGGCGUCUGGUGGAUGUUUCGGGUGUGGCCAGCAGGGCCAUAGGGUGAAAGAUUGUCCACAGCGGGGCAGUGGUUUGGGCAAAGGUGGAGGUUCACAGCAGAGGCAGAUGCAGUCUGCCACAGUUCAGUCAGGAUUUCGACCACCACCACCACCUCAGCCGUCUCAGCCAGCUAUGUCAGCCCAGAGUUCUCGACCUGGUAGUUCCCAGGGGCAGAGGACCCCGGGUCGCGUGUUUGCACUCACUCCAGCCGAGUCACCAUCCAGUCCUUCAGUUGUUAGGGGUAUGUUUCUUGUGUCCCAUUCUUGGGCUCGUGUAUUGUUUGAUUCUGAUGCUUCUUAUUCAUUCAUUACUUCAUCAUUUGCACGGGCAUUGGGUUUAGAGGUCAGUCAGUUAGACAGACCACUUUGUGUUGACACGCCUAUCGGGGGUUCAGUUGCUCUUAGUAGAGUUUGUAGGAGUUGUUCCAUCACAAUUGCCAGACGUGUUCUUGAGUUCGAUCUCAUCCUUCUCGAGAUGACGGGAUUUGAUGUCAUUCUUGGGAUGGACUGA